AUGGCCAAACUGAACAUCGCACACCACAAGUCAUACCACCCCUACAGGAGGGACAACAUCGAGCGAGUACGAAAAGAUGAGGAAGAAGCGCGGUUGAAAGAGGAAAAGGAAGAAGGGAGGAUGCGCAUGGCUGAUGCAGAGGCGAGGAUCGACUUGCUGAGAGAGAGAGCUGGGGCCAAACAGAAACAGAAACGGAUGAAGGAGCAGGAUGAAUUUGAUGUGCCGCAACCGGCUGCAGAGAAUGCUGCUAGUGUUCCCGACUCCCUUGUUACACAGGAAGGGCAUAUAAACCUCUUCGCGCCGCUCGAAGCUGCCGCAGCGGCUCACACCGCCGAAGCCCUUGUUCGAGAACAAGCCAAACGGCACCCGAUCGACAAAAAGAAAUCAACAGAAGAGGAAGGUGUUGCUCUCGCUCCCUCCAAGUUGGACCUCAAACCGUGGUACGUUGACGAACACCUGCGGAGCGCGAAGGACCGAGAGGGGGAGAGGGAGAGGGAGGAGAGAAGGGCUAAGGAUUUGAGUUCCAAAGCGAGUAGGGACCCUAUGCGAGGGGUGGAGCAGGAGCUGGCGAAGCGGGAGAGGGAGAGGGGGAAGAGCUGGACAGGAGGCAGGAAGUUGCAUUCGUCUAGCUCGACCGGGACGGGAGGGGUACUGUCACUGUCAUCGGAUCCCGCGGUCGCGGCCCGUUUAGCUCGAGAGGCGGGAGAACGACAGCGCGCUGAAGCGCUUUUGCAGCGCAAGAGACGCGAGGCUGCUGCUGGUUCUUAUCCUUCCAGCGUGGCUAGUACGCCCCGGGCAGGGUAUGGGGACGUCUUCAAUGUGGAAGCGAUGCGCGAAGUUGAGGCUGCGAAGAGGGAGAGAAGGGAGAGGGUGGAACGGUGGGAUCGGGAGAGGGAAAGAGAUAGGGAGGUGGAGUGGGAGAGAGAUAGGGAGAGGGAGAGGAGGUAUUGGGAUCGCGAAAGAAGGGAGGAGCGGGAGGUUGACGUAGGGAGGAGGGAUCACAGGUAG